UCACCUCGGCCAGCGCCCUCGGCCUUCCACCCGCUCAGCGCCCAUCUCCCGCCGCCGCCGCCGCCGCCAGGGCGGGCACCACUCCAGGAACCGGCGCCGCCGGAUGCUCCUUCGCCGCGUCGCCGCCGCCGCAGCAGCAGCGAAGCGCUCCUCCUCUUUGACCCCCGCGCGAGCCCUCCUGCACGAGGGCGCCGCCGGCCGCGGCCACGCCACCGCCUCCUCUCCUCCACGCCGCCGCGGUCACCGCCGCGCUCCGACGGCUGAGUCCGAGCCCCUCACGGCCACCGCAUCGCCCCGCCCGUUCCCGGACUACCACCCGCCCCGCCCCGACUCGCCGGAGGACGACUUCCUCGCGCGCCGCCUCGCCGCCGUGGUGGUCGCCUCGCCUCGUCCCGGCACCCUCCCGCCGCUCCCAUUCCUGCCACUCCUCCGCCCGAUCCACCUCCUCCUCGCGCUACAGCUCCUCGCAUCCGACCCGGACCACGCCGGCCUCCUCCUCCCGUUACUCCUCCUCUUCCCCUCACGCCGCAACCAGCAGCCCCACCCGCACCUUCUCCGGUGCUUCGCCGUCGCCGCGCACCUCGCCGCCGCCCGCGGAGACGCGGUCACCGCGCGCGCCAUCCUCGUGCGCGCCGUCCGCUUCCCUUCGCCCCAUCGGCAUUUCGUCGAACACUUCAUCACCACCUACAAGGCCUUCUCUUCGGACCCCGCCUCCUUCGACCUCCUCCUCCAGUGCCUCCCCUCCGCGCCCCUACUGCGCCGCCUCCGCCAGUACGGCAUUUCCCCGUCGCUGGAGGCCUGCAACGCCGUGCUCUCCCGCCUCCCUCUUGAUGAGGCCAUCAAGUUGUUUCAAGAACUCCCGGACAAGAACGUUUGCUCCUACAAUAUACUACUCAAGGCGCUCUGUGGUGCUGGCCAUUUGGAGGAUGCACGCCAACUGUUUGAUGAAAUGGCGUUGCCGCCUGAUGUUGUCACGUAUGGGAUUCUUGUCCAUGGUUACUGUGCUCUUGGUGAACUGGAGAGCGCCGUGAAACUGUUGGAUGAAAUGGUGGCAAGAGGGAUGGAGCCAAAUGCAAUCGUGUAUACAAGUAUUGUUGCAUUAUUGUGUGACAACGGGCAGGUUUCAGAUGCUUUGAGGGUGGUGGAGGAUAUGGUCCAGCGUAAGGUGAUAUUGGAUGAGGCAGUGUAUACAACUGUCUUGAGUGGUUUCUGUAAUAAAGGGGAUUUGGCAGCUGCAAGAAGGUGGUUUGAUGAGAUGCAGAAAUCAGGUUUGGCAACUGAUGGGGUGACAUAUACCACGCUGAUCAAUGGGCUUUGCCGGGCUGGUGAGCUGAAAGAGGCAGAGAUGUUGCUUCAGCAAAUGUUGGCCAGGCAGUUGGAUGCCGAUGAGGUCACAUACACAGUGCUCAUAGAUGGGUACUGCAAGAGAGGGAAGAUGGCAGAGGCCUUUCGAGUGCAUAAUACAAUGGUGCAGAGAGGAGUGACACCGAAUGUGGUGACAUACACAGCUUUGUCGGAUGGACUAUGCAAGCAAGGGGAUGCUCAGGCUGCUAAUGAGCUAUUGCACGAGAUGUGUAACAGGGGGCUUGAGCUGAAUGCUUGCACAUACAACUCCCUGAUCAAUGGCCUAUGCAAGUCUGGCAAUCUGGAGCAGGCCAUGAGGACUAUGGCAGACAUGGAUACAGCGGGUCUUAAGCCAGAUGUUUACACAUACACAACUCUUAUUGAUGCACUCUGCAAGUCAGGGGAGCUUGAUAGGGCUCACACCCUCUUGCAGGAGAUGUUAGAUAAAGGAAUUAAGCCUACUAUUGUCACUUAUAAUGUUUUGAUGAAUGGUUUUUGCAUGUCAGGUAGGGUAGAAGGAGGAAAGAAGCUGCUCGAAUGGAUGCUAGAGAAGAACAUCCGCCCUAAUGCAGCAACCUACAAUUCUCUAAUGAAGCAGUACUGCAUUGGCAAUAAUAUGAAAUCUGCCACUGAGAUCUAUAAGGGGAUGAAUUCUCUGGAGGUGGCGCCAAAUGAGAACACGUACAAUAUAUUGGUCAAGGGGCACUGCAAGGCAAGAAAUAUGAAAGAGGCACUAUAUUUCCACAAGGAAAUGAUAGAAAAGGGUUUCAGACUUACUGCAACCUCAUACAGUUCUCUUAUAAGAUUGCUGAAUAAAAAGAAGAAAUUUAUUGAGGCAAGAAAGCUAUUUGAUGAGAUGAGGAAGGAGGGUUUGACAGCUGAACCAGAUGUAUACAAUUUUUAUAUUGAUUUCAAUUUUAAUGAGGAUAAUUUGGAGUCAACUCUAGCUCUUUGUGAUGAACUGGUGGAAGCCAGUAUCGUGAAAUCAAGAGCUGAAAUGGAUCAAGAUGUUGUAAAGGAACAUAUACAUUAGGAACAUUAUUUAGGCUGGCGAUGUAAUGCUAGCUUCUUCUAGAUCGUGUCUAAUGUGAACACACGAUCCAGACUAUGUACUGCCCCUUUUCACCAUGCUAAAGCUGACAGUUGAGCAAUCAUGACGGUCUUCCAGAAGAUGUUCAGCAGUGUAGAUGGAAAAGCACGUUGUGGUGCUGGUGCAAUUUGCAAGGUGGAGGACAUUUCCUUCAAAAAAAGGGUGGAGGACAUGCACAUCAUUGUUUUUCUUUCCAAGUAUCAUGAUAUAGAUUGUUUGGAAACAAAGAUGGUUGUUAGGCUGUGAACGAGUGAGUUAAUCGUCGUCACAGGGAGUAACCAGGGCCUAAGCGGCUACGUGUGAUGCCGAUAGGUACAUAAACUACAUAUCGGAGGAACAGGGACCAAACUACUGGCAGAACAGGAGACUACAGAGAUGUCGAGGCUGAUUUUGAGAAAAAUAUGUUAGUAUGCUCAGUUUGCAUACACCAUCCCUCCUCAAAUCCUCAAAGUUACAGGACCCGCCUCAGCUUUAUUGUUCACUGGCUUGGACCUUCAUUUGUACUUUGGAGAAAUGGAUCAAAUGAGACAGGGAACUCAGUUUCUCUGAGAAGCAAAAAAUGCAGCACCAGAUGGGUUUAGCUGUUAGAAAUCAGGACAAUUCAAUACAAAGCCACGUGUGGGAAAUAUACGGCUUGGACAUGAAGAUACAGCUUUAGUGUAAGAAUAAAUUUCAUUCUGAGAAACAAUGUAUGAUUCUUUCCCCUGUAUCUAGAAAACGAAGGGGAACAAUACAGAGCUUUUUCAGCGGAUGUGAUACGUA